UGUAGUCCUCGCCCCGACGGGUUUAGCGCCGGCCCACCCUAGUCUAGCGUUCUAUAUAAUUACCAGGUUCCAUGUAAAAUCUACAGCUUACCUGCGAGGCAGCAGAAACAUAGCAGAAACAUUUCACAAACCCAAGUCAGCGCGCUCAUCAAUUGUCAGCCUCUUCUGAUAGCCUGAUUCAGCACAAUUUCCGGAUCCAUCGGUUAUCAGUGGGUUGCUGAGUAUCUUCAUUUUGUCUGACAUCGGAAUGGAGGAUCCCUGCACCCUUAGGCCCAGCUGUGCCACUGUUGUUCAUUCACCAGACGAAGUCUUCAACAUUCAGUCACAGGAGCGGGCGAAUGUCUUGUCUGAACUUAGGGAUGCGAUUCAACAGGAUACUGUGAAGGCGUCACUGUGGGGCUGUAUGCAAGUAUGCGAUAUAUUGAAGCUACGCGAACUUGUGGCGACCGCACGAAACUCGCCUGCCUUUUUCUCUCUCCUCAGUGAUAACUGUCUGUCCAUUCCUUUACGUUGGAUGCAACGACCUCCCCGCGAUGGCCUAUCAUCAACACACUCAACCCUUUCCUCUGCUGCGUCCAAUACGCGCUCUCGUCAAAGCGAUCGACUCGAAAAGCCAAAAAUACUUGCAAAAGAACGCGAUGGAUACUCAUGUGUUCUCACAAAAGGAAGCGUCCAUGAAGUGGCGCAUAUCUUCCCACCCUGCAUGAUCAACAGAAGACCGCCAACCAACCUUGAUGCUUCCAUCCCCUCCUUUUGGAAGCUACUCGAUUUCUUCUUUGAAUCAGAUCGGCUAAAUCGAUGGCGCGCAGAAAUAUUCAAGGACCCCUCCAACCCUUCCAAGGCUUCAGAUGGCUGCCAUAACAUGAUUUGUCUCAGCCCUACAGCACAUAGCUUGUGGACAAGAGGCAUGUUCGCGCUCCGGCCGAUUUCCAUAUCCGAUGAUCACAAGGAGCUUGCCGUUCAGUUUUACUGGCAGCCCAGACCAUCCCAUGGCUGUUUUGAUUCUGUGAGCAUCCUAAAAUCUCCCGAAUCAUCCAGAAAUUUUGUUCAAGUGGGGGGGAACGUACUCGCAAUUGCCUCUAACGACACUACGGCGGAGAUCAUCAAAUCUGGUGAUACCUUUAUCUUUCGAACUACCGACCCGAACACCCAUCCUCUCCCGAGUUUCGAAUUGCUUGAGAUGCAGUGGCACCUUCAGCGAAUUGUUUCAAUGUCUGGUGCUGCCGAAAUCUACAAUGAUCAAGACGACGGUGACGACGAUCACUUGGAUGCUGGUAUCGCCCACAAAUCCUUCUCAGACAUUCUUUCGUGGGUUCCUCCACCGUUGUCUCACUCCACUAGUGAUGACGAUGAACCCAAUUCCUCUCUUCCAUCUGUUUCAACCAGCCCAUCCCCCUUAAAGACCCCUGAGUACCAAGGAAAAUAUUUAUCCGCUGAGCGACACAGUGCUGAAUUAACUGUUUCUCAUGAUGUAUGCUCUCCGAGACUGCACUAGUAUGAAUGGCUUAUUUUAUAUUUUUAUUUUUCCCUCCUCACACCUUCAUGGAAAUCAACACCAAUCACUCCUUAGUCCCAUAGGUCGGGCUAUCAAAUAUAUUAUUAAGCAACUUUUAAAAGGAUAACCAUAUGCAAUUGACAUGUGCUUUUGCAAAAUCCUCUUAACACGGUCACCAAUUGUGGUGUCACUCCGUCCCCAGCAGUAAUGUUGCUAUCAUGUCAUAGCUCUUGACUUGGACUUGUUCAUUCGGAAUUUUUCUGCCUUAAGAUUAGAGAUCACAAAAAUGACCACCUCACACUCCCCUCCAACACCUCUACAGCCGUCCGUACCCUCCGGCCGAUUCUGGAUUCAACGUCUUCCUGCACCUUCAUUACCCCGCAGGGUCAAAUUGAGGUGCUUCCAUGUUUCCAGGACUCGCAUCUGCUUCGAAUCCUCUGCCGUUCAUGCCUAAUACUGGUCUUGGUGAUGUCCCCGUGUAUGGUGUGUACAACGUGAUCGAGAUUGUCGAAAGCCCCACAGAAUGCAGUACGGUUCGUGUCCAGAGUAUAGUCUCCUUGAAGCGAACCAUAUCCUCAAUGUAGACUGGCGUGUUCUUGUGCACCUGAUCUGUAAGACUGUACUUGUCGGCCAGAUAUCACAAGCCCUGUACGUCAGAGAUAUUAAUCUAGAGUGUACCACAUGCGGAGUGGGAUCAGAUUAUAUCAACAUACUCGGCAAAUGUCUUUACUCAUUUCUUUGCUGAUGGGAUUGUUUGUCGCCUUCUUGUAUUAUAUUUGAAAGUACUUCCAGUCCGCCUCCAAUGCACCAGUUGUCUUGAUGCAUCUGAGCUUGCGGCCGUCUGUUAUGCUUCAGUUUCCUAGAAUCAAUGGAAGAAGCGUGCACAUCCCUCCAAGACACUGGUCUGAUGGUGUUCUCAGGAUCACACCAUUUGGGAUUGGUGCUGAACUUCAUCGUGCAGUAUCUUCCUGAUGUUAGUGCUGGACACAGCAUCACAAUAUAGUGACAUGCUUCGCUGGAUGCACUGCUGCCAGUGACCCUUCACCCAGUCCUUCGGUCUCUGGGCCUUCUUGGAUUCCCAAUAAUCUAAGGCAACAUCUGACAGAUCCUCAUCCGUGUUAUCUGGGGAUCCUUAUAGUAGUCAGGGGAAGGUUCAUAUUGACUGAGUUCUCUGUAAUGUGUGUUAGCAGUAAUAUUAAUGCAUAACUUUCAAACUUUACGGCUGUACCCAAGUCCAGUACCAGGUGGCCCUAGGCCUGGGUCAGUCAGGUCGGUCUCAGACAUGCUGUCAGGCCCGUCGCUUGAUUCCAUGCGGAAUGACACAUCAACUCUAUCAUCAUCAUUAUUGCUGCUGGGCUGGUCAUAUCAUCAGCUCUGGAGGUGGUAGGGUGAGUCUGCGCUGUGUCAUUGUAGUCGCCUUUCCACGUGCCGGCGAUGAUGAAUGGGGCGAGGCCGGCGGCGGGUACUGUGAAAAGGGGGAAAGUCUUCAACAACGACAACAAGGCGACAAUAAGGAGAGAGAGUAGGAAGAAUAAAACGAAUGAUGGAAGCAAGGGCAAGGGAGAGUGUAGAAAGAACAGUGGCAUACAGGCUUUCGGCAGAAAGGGUUAAUUGGAGACUGUUUGAUUUAGAAGUGAAGCCAUCAUCACUGACAGGCGAGCAGGGGUAUUGAUCUAUCGAGGGUGACUAGGGACUAGGAUGUGGGCUCUUGUGGUCAUCCAUUUCGCGACCCAAACAGGGAGAUCUUACGUAUAUAGUCGGUGGUCCGUUAGGCGAGUGGACUAAUAAUAACAAUAAUAAUAAUACAUGCUUGUUUUGUUUAUCAUGAUUAACUCCUGUAGAAUGAGCAAUUGUAGGGAGUAGAAGAAGAAAGGAGUAAAAGCUCCGGGGAAUAGUGAAAUAGAGGUGGAGCUUCUGAAUAGAGGAAUAGAGAUGAAGUGGAAGCCCUGAGAAGUGGUG